GACAUUUGCUUAAAAGUAAAACAAACAAACCGCUCAACGUAGAUGCCUCAUGUCUCACGCGUUAGAAAUUUUAUUUAUCUCGAUAAGAUUGUAGUAGGAAAAUACAUAGACAUAGAGGAAUUCAGAUAAGAGAUCUGAAAAGACCUCCCACGGAUUGAACGAACCAACUGCGAUAACGAUUGCUGCCUGGUACCACUUGUUUGUCUCUUAUCCACUUCAGUCUGCUUUGCGCUGUCUGCCACGCCGUACGUCAAUUGCAAAUUAUAAUAAUGACCGAUCUCUCUCAAAGUCAUAAAGUAAUCAAUUUCGGCGCCGGCCCUGCUAAAUUACCGCACGAGGUUCUGAAAAAAGUGCAGGAGGAAUUACUCGCAUAUGGAAACACGCAAAUCAGCAUCCUUGAGCUAAGCCAUCGAUCGAAUGACUUUAAGAAAGUUAUCGACGAUGCACAGGCUACACUGCGAGACAUCCUCAAUAUUCCUGACAACUAUAAAACCCUGUUCAUGCAAGGAGGCGGUACCGGACUUUUUGCGGCAAUUCCUAUGAAUAUUAUGAAUGGCACUGCGGAUUAUUUAAUAACUGGUUCAUGGUCUGCAAAAGCAGCAAAAGAAGCAGCUAAGUACGGAAAAGUGAACAUGGUGCUACCUAAAGUGACAAAAUACACAGAAAUUCCGGAUCCUUCCACUUGGAACUUAGAUGCAAAUGCAUCAUAUGUUUAUUAUUGUGCCAAUGAAACCGUGCACGGAAUCGAAUUUGAUUAUAUCCCAGAAACAAAUGGCAUACCACUUGUUGCUGAUAUGUCUUCGAAUAUACUUACGAAACCUUUUGACGUGUCUAAAUUUGCAGUAAUUUUUGCGGGUGCACAGAAGAACAUUGGCCCAGCUGGUGUUACUUUAGUGAUUGUACGAAAUGACAUGCUCGGUCGUGCUAUGGAUAUAUGUCCGACGAUACUAAAUUUUACUAUAAUGGCGAAUGAUAAUUCUCUGCACAAUACUCCACCCGUCUUUCAGAUAUAUAUGGUGGGUUUGGUAUUUGAAUGGAUUAAAAAAAAUGGUGGAGUCGAAGGUAUGCAAAACUUUGCGAGGAAGAAGAGCAGCAAAAUAUACGAUGUGAUUGAUGGAUCAAAAGGAUUUUAUAUGUGCCCGAUCAAGCCAGAUGCACGUAGUAAAAUGAAUAUUCCACUCAGAAUAAGAAACGGUGACGAGGAAUUAGAAAAGGAGUUUCUUUCUGGUGCUACAGCUCGCGGUAUGCUGCAGCUAAAGGGUCACAGAUCAGUGGGUGGAAUACGUGCAUCUUUGUAUAAUGCAGUCACGGAAGAAGAAGCGGAAAUAUUGGCCAACUACAUGAAGUGGUUUUACAAUAAACAUUGUAAAAAGACUGAAAAGUAACUUUGAAAAAUGACAAAAAUCAAU